CACGCAUCAACGAGAUCGCCCUUCGACGGCGCGAGACGAUCGAUCGGCGCGCGACAAUGGCACAAAACGAUCGCGAUAGAGAGAUCGCGCAGGAACAAGAGGAACAACACGAACAGGGCAUUGCGGCGGAGGACCUCGCUACAGCAAUUAUGACAGAAGACAUGGCAGACCAGCAAUCUUCUAUAGAAUCUGCGCCUAGUCCUGCUGCCAACCUAUCUCUACCGCCAUUUCUAGCCUAUUCACAGGCACAGUCGCAACUGCAGAUUGGCACGCAGAUUGGCACGCAGAUUGGCACGCAGAUAGGCCCUCAGAUAGGGCCCUAUUCUCAAGGCACACAGGCCUAUUGGGCGUCAAAUCAGGCAGGUUUUUAUGCCUCCUGAAGGGUCAACCACGAACUAGUUUACUAGGAAAACGCUAAUAAACUAGCUCCUUGGCUCCCAGGAACUUUGGAAAGAUUACAUCUAUAAUACUGAAAUAAACAGGUCAGGAAUGUGACGCUGUAUUUAUGAAAUCUAUUUUCACAACACUG